CUGAUCUUUAGAAACUCCGUAAUCGCGUUUCAAGUCGAAGCUUGAUGGAUCUCCUACUUGAGGAAGCCCUGAGGACCGACGAUGGAAAUGAAGGGGAGAUGGUCCGGCUAAUGAUUGAUAUCGUUGCUGAAGCCAAAGAUGAUAUGCUUAUGCAGAAGCGAGCCCUGGAAGUCGCAGGCCAACUUGUCCGCCGAAAACUAGCACUGUUGCAGCCUGUCGACAGCGCACCUCCUGCUGCAGCCGCGGCAACUCAACUUUCACACAAGGCAGAAGUAUCAUCACCGCAAACGUUCACAUCCAUGAUAACUGUUUUUCCUCAAGUUGAGAGAGUCGUGGGUCGCUUGCUUUACCUCGCAUUGAAAACACAGGCCGACCCAACACUCGUGGAGACCGUGCUGUCGCUCCUCACAGAGUUGCUUGUGUUUGACGCCCGGACAGUAGAUGCGUUCAGCUUAUGGCGUACUAUACAGACUGCUGGCCCCGAGCUGCGCCAUCGGCUGCUUGAGCUCACUCAAACAGUUCUCGAAGGAGACGCGGAAGUUGACUUGUACCGUCGGCAUGUAUUUGUCAUGCUAGGUCAACAUGCGGGCAUCAUCGCUCCGUCUAGCACAGCCCUUCCACUGAAGAAAGGGUACACCUUCUGCGCCAGCAUCCUCGUGGACGCCACGACGCCGGCCAUGGCAAUGUACAGUUUCCGAGGCGAGAAUGGCCACGGCGUAUCUGCCGCCAUCGACGGCGACUCUCUCGUGCUUGCAUCGUUCACAUCUCAUGGAAGCUUCAUCAACCUUCCUGUUCCAUUGAACGGCCGUCGCAUUGCCAUGCACCAAACGUGGACGCAUGUGGCCAUCGUCCAUGCCAAGAAGAUGGUGUUCAAGGACAAAAUCCUCGUGUAUUUGGACGGGCAGCUGCACUUUGCAGGGAAUUUGCCCUACCCGGAUGCGCUACAGAUGGCUGGCGGGCACAACUGCGUGGGGGCGACGCCCCAAUUUCCAUCGUUUCAAGGCCAAAUGGUUGAUCCGACGCUGUUGGGGACGGCCUUGUCCGACGCGGAAGUGGCGGCGGUGGCUCCAUGCUCGCAUCCUCCGACGGCCAUCAUGCAGCAGUGGCUAUGGGAGAACGGAUCUGCAGCAGACAAAUCCAAGUUUGUGUUUGCAUACGACGCAAGGGUCUGUACACGCGAGUCAAUCUGUGACGACGUUAGCGGCCACAGCGCCAACGGAUGGCUCGAGCCUGGCACACGCAGCCUCUGCCGCUCGUCUCUAGCUGCAGCCCUCGGGCCUCUCGGAGGCGCUGCCACGUACUUGCUGCUGCUGUUCGACCCCACAGUGAGUCCCCAGGACGCCGUCAGCGUGCUGCGGCUCGUCGCGAGCGGACUUGUGGUUAGUCGGCGAUGUCGAUCGCAAUUUCUUCGAUGGCACGGGUCCAAGGUCAUCGCGCACUUGUUGACGUUGCUGCCGACGCCCGCCCUCACGGAAGACCUGCUCGAUGCCGUCGUGGCCGUCGUCGACGCGGUGGCUCCGCACGUCCAAACGUCGCGGCUGCGCACGAUGGUGCUUGCAUUGUUUGUGUUGCAGCCAGUGUGGUUUCACGGUCCCGUAGCGUGCCAAGUGCGUCUAUUGGAGUCGAUAUUGCCCACGUACUUGGGGUUACUGCAUUCGAAUAAUGAAUCGGACAGUAGCGUGAUGACCAUGGAUGUCAGUCACUGGUGUGAGUUGAUGGCCACUUGGUACAGCGGAUCGUCGUCGGCGGUAGCACAAGCAGUGGAUGCGUCCAUGUGUUGCAAACUCGUGCUGGACAACCUCAUCGACCCGCUGUUGUUUCCAAAGCAAAACGUGUUGGACGAAUCAGAUGGCUGGGAUGCGCUCAUCCGACACUUGGACAUGCGGGUGCAAUCGAUUCGUCAAAGCCAAACCACUGCGUACGACGUCCAAGAGAUCUUUGGGUACUUUACGCGCACGUUAUCAUCCGGGCAAGAGAUGAUGCCAGGAGUGUCGUCGCCCCCCAGUCGGAAACUGCUGUUCAAGCUCGAGAAGCACAGUCCGAUGGCGUUGUGGUACACGUGGCUGGCGACGCCCGCGCUCGAGCUGCGGCUGCAUGUACUCGAAGCGUUCAGCGCAAUGACAUCGCAUGUUCACUUGAGAUUUCCAGACGCGGUGCUGUUUCACCACGCGUUGAGUAGUCCAUUGGCCAUCGACAUGCGACAGUGUGCAGUGAUUCUGGAUGUGUGUUUGGGGCCGCGAAGUAGUGCGCUCACAGGGGCGCGACACACGUCGACGCCGCGGGGUCACUUCGUCCCGGUCGUGCUGUUGAAACUGCUGGCUUGUUCGUCGGUUGUGGACUAUCGCGUGCAAUUGUACACGCUGUACGAGCUCCACACAGUGCUCCGGGGCCCAAACAGCGACAUUUUCAAAGAGUAUAUUCGCGUAGACCCAGAAUGGAUGAAGACUCUGGUGUUGAUUCAAGCCAAACCACAUCUUGCAACUUGUAUCGAUUCAAUGCAAGCGACGGACCCGCCUGGGCUAGACACCCGCCAAUUGAACGAUUAUUGCAUGAUGUUGUGCGAUGAAACCGCCGCUGUGGACACGCGCGUCCGCAUCGUUCAGUCGAUCGGGGCGGCCCAGGAUAAGGCCGGCGCCGACUUUAUGCUGACGGUGCUCCAUCAGGCGAGCGCACCUGGGCCAGUCAAGCAAGCCAUCAUCCACACUGUGAUCUCAUCGUUCCCAGAGCAUGCGGCGCACCUAGUCGAGGCGCUGUGCUCCGAUAUGAUCGUGGACAUCCUAGUGUACAGCCUCCGCCAAGUCAACCACGGAUGGAUCCAUGUGUUGGAAACGUACUUUUACCUGUACAAAUCGCCGCAGCGUUGUGUAUCGCUCUACACGGCCGUGGCGGAUGCAAUGUUGUGCACGCCAGUCGACAAGGCGCUGCAGUGGGAAAACGUCAGCCAAUUCUGCAGUCUCCUGGCCUUGCUGUACUUUAUCGCAGACCGCAUGCACGCUCCGUUGGGAGACGAGUCGAAACAUGUGGCGCUGCUUCAGAAAGCCCGCGACCUGUGGCUGCCUAUGCUCCCGCGGUUACCGGUGGUCGCGUGGGCUGUCGGGGACGACGGAGGACAAGACCGGGACGUCCUGCACGAGUUGUUUGCUACGUACCCGUUGACCCGUCGGCUGGCGUUGUACACGAUGUUCCAAAUGAUCAAAGUGAGUCUGCUGACGACGGGAACUGCGUCGGCUGACGUGGGGCGGUUGCGGACGGCGUUCGAAACGCUGCAUGUGGUGUCAGUGGUCGCGGACGAUGACCAGGUCAUGGAGCCGACGAUGCAGCCGCUGUUUCUGUUGUCGGUGGUUACCGAACUGCAUGGGUUGUGGGCGUUGGCGACUGCCGUAGAAGAUAAGGCGACGCUGACGGACCUGAUUCACUCUGUGGCACUAGAAGCGCUGGGGCGCGUCGGGUCGGAAAGCGAACUCGCGCAUGCGUUGAUGGGGCUCACGGCGUUGCCGGCGGACACUUCGGCGGCGCUGUGGGUGCCGUUCAUGCAAGUCGUGUCCAAGUACGCUGUGGAGGCGCAGUACGAAGUCGACAGCCACGUCGACCGGUUUGUGGCCAAAUGGAAGCACUUGGUCGAAACCAACGCCGUGUUUAAUGUAGCCAUGACGAUGCAAGAUGUCGACCAGCGGACGGUGAUUCUGUCCGUGCACACGCAAGACGUGAUGCUGCUUCGAGAGAAGAACGACGAAGGAGGAGCGGUAGACCGAUUGCAGCACAUGACGGAGCGCGCGGCCGCCGACGCCAAGGCAGCAGCCAAGCGAUUCCAGACUCAAUUGGAGCGAUGUCUGGAGCCCGUUGUACCCGAUGUCAGUCGACAACAGAAGGUCGUGCCUUCCCCUCCACGAGCCUUCAAGCUGUUGACGUCGGAAAACCUAUCGCGCAUGCGACUGGAGUUAAAGGUCGUAGAGCCCCUCCCCUACUUGGAGCCCCACGACGUAGAACUCGACCAUACAGCGACGUCAUCGUUGGCGGCUUCCAUGAAUGCAAUGGCUUCCAGCUGGGGAAGUGACAGUGGUGUCCAAGGUCUGGCAGACAUGUUGAGUGAUGCGAACGUCCGCGCCGUCUUGCGCACCGCCACAUCGAGCAACGUCGAGGACGAUACGCUGACAUUUGACGAGAUGCUCGACGAGGACAACGACGACAACAACCCUCAAACGUUAGCGGAUGCGAGUAGCAGCAGCGGUAGUCUCGUAGGUCGAACGUUGGCGUUGCCGCCACCCAGUCCGUUCAAAUCGGCCACGAGUGCAACCAAUGUGACCAACCCAAAGCGGAAAUCAUCGGCGGCGGGCUUUCCGACCAAGAGCAACUCGACGGACUUUGUAUGCCCAGCUCAUCUCGUGCGGCAAAUGUACAUCAUGGUUGGGCAAGUGCACAUGACCGAGUCUGAAUUUGUGUUUUAUCCACAUGCGAUCGUGGACGAGCACGAUCAAGACGUUGACCAACGAGCACACAACCAAACGUCGUCGUUAGUGACCAGUCCAUCAGACGAGGCCAAGCUCCUGCGGCCGCGGCGCCUUCGACUGGAUGACAUGUGCCACAUCUACAGCCGGCGGUACCUGCUCAAGCUGACGGCGCUCGAGAUCUUUGUCGCAUCUACGCGCAAAAACUACUUUUUCCACUUUGCCUCGACUUCCAUCCACGACGUCCACAGCGCGCUGAUCAGUCGCCGGCCGGCGCGGCUGGUUGCGAAUCCCGACUGGCGGCGGCUGCACCGCCAUCCGUCGCAUGCGUUUCGCAGUGCAGACCACACGUCGUUGUGGGUGAACCAUGAAAUCUCGACGUUUGAGUACCUGAUGUGGCUCAACACAGUGUCUGGACGCACGUACAACGACCUGACGCAGUACCCCGUGUUCCCGUGGGUGUUGGCCGACUACACGUCGCCGACGCUCGACUUGUCGAGAGCGUCCACGUUUCGAGACUUGAGCAAACCGAUGGGCGCGCUCGAUGCCGCGAGAUUGGAGUUCUUCAAGGACCGGUAUGCCGCGUUUGACGACCCAGACAUCCCCAAGUUUAUGUAUGGCUCGCACUAUUCGCACGUCGGGGCCGUGUUGUACUACUUGGUCCGCCUGGAGCCGUUCACGUCGCUCGCCCGCCGCGUCCAGGGCGGCCGCUUCGACCACGCCGACCGGUUGUUCCAUUCGGUGGCCGAUACAUGGGCGAAUUGUCUGACUGACACGAGCGAUCUCAAGGAGCUCACGCCCGAGUGGUUUUACAGCACGGCGUUUCUAACCAACCACAACCAUGUGGACCUGGGAACCCGCCAGAAUGGCGUCAAGCUCGACGAUGUCGUCCUGCCUCCAUAUGCGACGAGUCCGCAGCACUUUAUCGCAUUGCACAUGCAGGCCCUCGAGAGCGAGUACGUGUCACAGCAUCUGCACUUGUGGAUCGACUUGGUGUUUGGUGACAAGCAGCGGGGACCGGCGGCGCUGGAAGCGCACAAUGUGUUCUUCUAUCUCACGUACGAGGGGUUGGUGGACAUUGACGCUAUCACAGAUCCGGUCCUGCAGGCGUCGAUGCGGGCGCAGAUUGCGCAUUUUGGCCAAACGCCGUCGCAGCUGCUGCGAGAGCCGCACGUUGCUCGACACAUCCCCGACACCCUCCCUCCGGGCGGAGUGGUGCCGCUUUUGCUACCGCACGUGCAUCCCAUCGCGUUGAUCGAGUUUGUGUCUGUGACAGCGUUGCUGUGCUUGGACACGACGGGCAUGCUGUCGAUGCAAAAGUUUACGUCGCCGUAUAAGACGGCCACAAGGCAGCAGGCGCUUCCCGCCACAUCGACAUCUUCGUCGUCGGGGGCGCUGUCCCCCCAGCGAGCUGGUCCGUCCAGUGGCGUCGAUGCCAUUUUGGAACUCGUCGACAGAAAACCCCGCCGCGUCCUACCCGACUACGCGUGGCUGCGCGGUGAUUUCGUCUGGACGGCGGUCGGUGCCGCAGUGGCCUCGGGAGGGCACCCCGACGGGUCCGUGCGAUGUUAUGCCAUCUCAGACGGCGCGUUCCUCGGCUGCGUGCUGCAUCAUGCGACCCCCGUGACCUGCUUGGCCCAGCAUCGCAACACCGACUUGGUCUGUGGGAGCGCCGACGGCACCAUUUCCGCGUGGACGAUGCUGCCGUCGUCGGGAUGGACGUCGUCGUUGCUCGACACACUCAACAUUUUCAAACCGACCACGAAACGCAUUGUGGUCGAGCCCGACUAUAGCCCCCGACAGGCGUACCUCGGCCAUGCAAGUCCUAUUACGGCACUCGCGGUACGCAAUGACCUGGAUGUGGUCGUCAGUGGGUCCGCGGAACGAUGUCUGGUGCACAGCAUGUCGACGGGCGCCCUACUGGUGGACCUAGCCUUGCCUCCUCGCAGCACCAACGUGCAUGCGGUGGCGGUGUGUACGGUGGGAUGGAUCGUUGUGUCGGUGUCCGCGACAAGUGACACGGGUGGUGAUAGAACCUUGUCCACACUUCAAUCAUAUUCCCUCCAAGGAGAGUUCCUAGCGACGACGACAUCGACGGAGCUCCCAGUCACUAAGCUCGUACCGUUUUCCCGCACAGCGCACGUCGUGGCGGCGGGACCGAUGGGUGCGAAUGUCGUUGCCGUGCAUUCCAUGAUGGAGGUCCAGCCGCUUACGACGGUCGGCGUGAGCAGUGCCGCGCUCUCGGUGGACGAAAAGGUUGCCAUCUUAGGGCUGGAUGUGAUGCCCGCGCAAUUGCUGGCGAUUGCCAUGGGCAUUUGACGGUUUCAAAAGUGUUUGGAACGCCUAUGAAAUAGGAGAUUCCGACUCGAAUUCAAAAAGACGUGCAGUAAUUCCCUAAGAACAAUAGUUUGACUGUUGCAUACAUC